AGGCUUGACGGGCCUUUUUCACAGGGGACGGGAGGUGCUCUGCAUUCUGGUUCUUUAUUCAGAAAUCUGCUUUUCCUGAUCCUCUAUGAGUUUCUAACAGUUUUUGUCAGGACAAAAUCAAACAAAAUGCCGCGCUCUUUUUUGGUGAAGCAGCCGAAGGUUCAUGACUUCUCUUCUUCUAACUAUUACCAUCAGCAGCAGUGGGACGAGGUUUACACCGUGACACAUGCCAUCACAGAGUCGGCCACCAACUUGGCGGUGCGUUUGAGUGAAAAUGGAUACAUCCACGAUUACGUCAUCCCCUCAUUACUGCAAAACAGCAACAAUGAGGACCCGAACUCUCAGCAGAGGAAGACCAGGCUCUCCACAGGGCCCCUGUAUUCCACCGGCUGUGUGGGGAGCAGCAGUGGUGAAGACUUCUCUGACCACGACAUGGAGCAUCCAGACAGCCCCGUCUCCUGUGUGACAGUGGGGUCUGAUAUUAGCGCCCCAACGAGCCCUGAGUCAGAGAGCUGCAGCUUCCUCAUCUCUGAUGGGCGCUCUCGCCAGAGGGCCAACCGCAGGUAUUCCCACAAUGGAGACGACCAGUCAGACAGCAGCGAAGAAGUUGGCUUUAGCCCCAUCAAAGGGAAAUCCAAGGGGUGCCAUAUGUGCGGCGAGUGUGGCAAGUCUUACGCCACGUCAUCCAACCUGAGCAGACACAAGCAGACUCAUCGCAGUCUGGACAGCCAGCAGGCUCGGAAGUGUCCCACCUGCCAUAAGGUCUACGUGUCCAUGCCGGCGAUGGCCAUGCACAUGCUGACCCACAACCUGAAGCACAAGUGCAAGGUGUGCGGCAAAGCCUUCAGUCGACCCUGGCUGCUGCAGGGCCACAUGAGGUCCCACACUGGGGAGAAACCCUUCGCCUGUGCCCACUGUGGCAAAGCCUUUGCUGACCGCUCCAACCUGCGCGCUCACAUGCAAACACAUUCGGCCUUCAAGCACUUCUCCUGCAAGCGCUGCCACAAAAGCUUCGCGCUCAAGUCUUACCUGAACAAGCACUACGAGGCGGCCUGCUUCAAAGGGCAGCGAGCAGAGGACGACUGCAGUCCGGAGGACUAGCUGGAAGACGCUUCCUCACUGCACACGUUUGCUUUUUUAAUACAAGGAACUCAGCAAUGUCAGAGAAAAAAGCUUCCAUUUCUCAGACUCGUCUCCUCGUGCAUGCAUCCUCUCAUCCUGCCUUUUGUUACGAGCAAUAACCUCACUGAAAAUGAUUCAGGAAUUAUGUAACAAUUCUUAAAAAUGUCAGCACUGAUCACAAAAUGAGAACUUUUUGUAUUUCUUUUUAUACUUUUGAUUGCAAUAAUUUGUGUCAGUAUUAUUUUUAUGCCAACAAGCUCUUUAUUCAUGUUCAUAAAUAUUGUCAUUGUAAUUGCCUAUUUAUUAAUUUAUUUACUAUUUAUUUGACAUGUGAAGAUUAUUUAUUGGUUGACAUAAUUGCUUAUUUAACAUUUAUUAGAGUCAUGAAUUCAAUGUGUCAAAAAAAAAGUUCUGAUCCAGUUUCUAAUUCUUUUUGUGAUGGCAAUAAAAAAUAUUGAAAAUAAAAAAAAACCCUGC